AGGAGGGGGCGGGAAUUCCCGACGCGAGGCCGGAACCGAGUGUACACCAUGUCGUGAGACCCCCGCGAGGUCUGAGAGUCAUUGGAACUAUCACAACCACCAUGGGGCCCUGGGGAGAGCCAGAGCUCCUGGUGUGGCGCCCAGAGGCAGUGGCUUCGGAGCCCUCGGUGCCUGUGGGGCUAGAGGUGAAGUUGGGGGCCCUGGUGCUGCUGCUGGUGCUCACCCUCCUCUGCAGUCUGGUACCUAUCUGUGUGCUGCGCAGGCCGGGAGCUAACCAUGAAACCUCUGCUUCACGCCAGAAAGUCCUGAGUCUAGUAAGCUGCUUCGCAGGAGGUGUAUUCUUGGCCACCUGUCUCCUGGACCUGUUGCCUGACUACCUAGCUGCCAUAGAUGAGGCACUGGCGGCACUGCAUGUGACGCUCCAAUUUCCYCUGCAAGAGUUCAUCCUGGCCAUGGGCUUCUUCCUAGUCCUGGUGAUGGAGCAGAUCACGCUGGCUUACAAGGAGCAGUCAGGGCCACCACAUCGGGAGGAGACAAGAGCUCUGCUGGGAACAGUGAAUGGUGGGCCCCAGCAUUGGCAUGAUGGGCCAGGGGUUCCACAGGCUAGUGGAGCCCUGGCAGCCCCCUCAGCCCUGCGUGCCUGUGUGCUGGUCUUUUCCCUGGCUCUGCACUCAGUUUUUGAGGGGCUGGCAGUGGGGCUGCAGAGAGACCGGGUUCGGGCCAUGGAACUGUGCCUGGCUCUGCUGCUCCACAAGGGUAUCCUGGCAGUCAGCCUGUCCCUGCGGCUGCUGCAGAGCCACCUACGAGUGCAGGUGGUGGUUGGCUGUGGAAUUCUCUUCUCAUGCAUGACACCUCUGGGCAUUGGGCUGGGUGCAGCUCUGGCAGAGUCUGCUGGGCCUCUGCACCAGCUGGCUCAGUCUGUGCUGGAGGGUAUGGCGGCUGGCACCUUCCUCUAUAUCACCUUCCUGGAAAUCCUGCCCCAGGAGCUGGCCACUUCUGAGCAGAGAAUCCUCAAGGUCAUUCUGCUCCUAGCAGGCUUUGCUCUUCUCACUGGUCUGCUCUUUGUCCAAAUCUAGGGGACUUCAAGAAAGGGGCAGGGGAAGUUAACUACCAGGUGCCCUUGUCUUCCCUCCUCUCCCCUGGUGUGUAAGGAAUAGGAAGGAAUGGGGACAGGAGGUAUUGAGGACCAAAGAGUUCUCUGGAAGGUAGGGAUGUAGCCUUUGGAACUAUGACUAAUGAGAGGGAAGUGGGCAGAGAAGAGGCUGGCCUAAGGAACAUGAUAUGGCCAAGUCACCAGAGAUAUGAUCAGGGGAUAUUAGGAUUGGGACAGACCCUGAUUGCUAGAUCAGAAGUCUGACACUACAAAUAGGGAUAAG